GAUACAGCCUGGCUUGCUGGGUUCCUCCAGUAUUUUGCAUGUGAAGAGGAUAGUUCCCUUACAAGUGGAAAAAAUGUGAAGAAAUAUAGUUGAGGAUGAAGCAGAGCAGAGUUAAACAGAAGGUUGGGAUCCGGCCUUCUUCCAUUGUUGAUAAGGGAAAUAAAAGACAGAAGACUGGCUUGGCUCAAGACAUUGAGACGUUGAGUAGUUCCCAUGCAGAUUGGGGAAACCUGCACUAUGAUUUAAUUCUGCACAUCUUCCAGUACUUGCCAUUGGUGGAUCGGGCUUGUGCAUCAUCAGUGUGUAGAACGUGGAAUGAAGUCUUUCACAUGCCUGAACUAUGGAGACGGUUUGAAUUUGAACUGAAUCAGCCAGCAACAUCCUAUUUGAAUUCAACUCACCCAGAUCUAAUCCAGCAAAUAAUCAAAAAGCAUGCUGAUCAUUUGCAAUAUGUCAGUUUUAAGGUUGACAGUAGCACUGAGUCUGCAGAGGCAGCUUGUGAUAUUCUUUCACAGCUGGUCAACUGUUCCAUAAAGACCCUGGGGCUGAUUUCCACAGCAAGACCUAGUUUUAUGAAUUUGUCAAAGUCACGCUUCGUAUCAGCUCUGACUGUGGUGUUUGUGAACUCUAAAUCGCUUUCGUCAAUCAAGAUUGAUGACACACCAGUAGACGAUCCAUCUCUGAAAGUUUUGGUGGCUAAUAACAGUGACACUCUGAAACUCUUGAAAAUGAGCAGCUGCCCUCACGUUUCACCUGCAGGCAUUCUUUGUGUGGCAGACCAAUGCUAUGGACUCAGAGAGCUGGCACUAAAUUAUUACCUUUUGAGCGAUGAAUUGCUAUUAGCUCUUUCCAGUGAAAAACAUGUUCACCUGGAACACCUUCGCAUUGAUGUGGUGAGUGAGAACCCUGGACAGACCCAAUUCCACAGCAUAAAAAAAAGUAGCUGGGAUGCUCUUGUUAAACACUCUCCAAAAGUCAACAUCGUCAUGUACUUCUUUCUGUAUGAAGAAGAGUUUGACCCAUUUUUCCACGAUGAGACUCCAGUCACACACAUCUACUUUGGCCGUGCAGUCAGUAAGGAAAUGUUGGGUCGUAUUGGAAUGAACUGUCCAAGACUUAUUGAGCUGGUGGUCUGUGCAAAUGGUCAUCGGCCUCUGGAUGACGAGCUCAUUUGCAUUGCAAAGCGCUGCAAAAACCUAACUGCCAUGGGCCUGGGUGAAUGCGAGGUUUCAUGCAGUGCAUUUGUAGAAUUUGUGAAGCUGUGUGGAGGACGAUUAACUCAACUAUCCAUCAUGGAGGAAGUGCUGAUACCAGAUGAGAAAUAUAACGUGGAACAAAUCCACUGGGAGGUUUCCAAAUAUCUGGGAAGGGUAUGGUUCCCAGAUAUGAUGCCUACAUGGUAAAACUGAUGCAUAUUAGCUGAGACAGGGAAUAGGGAAAUAGUUUGCUCUGCUUCAACAAAUAAAAGUUACUUAUAAAACAACUACUAUACUAAAGAAGUAAUAUGCUAAGAUUGUAAAAGCCAAGAUCUACUGGGGUGUACUUUUUGUGUGGAUUCAGAUGAUUACCAUAAUUAUGACUAUUUCUGAUUACUUGCAGAUUAUAUAAUUUCAAAGCAUAAUUACUUUCAGAUUCUGAACCGAUUGAGUUGAAAAUUGAUAUUUAAGAUACAGGUUGAAUACCUCUUAUCUGAAAUUCUGAAAUCCAGAUUUUUGAGUGCUAACAUGAUGUCACAAAUGGAAAAUUCCAAAAGGCAUUGGGAAGAUUCCCAGGCAAUGCACAGGUCUCUGCAUAUCAUAGACAGUUCUGAAAUGUGAGAAAAUCUGCAGAUGCUGGAAAUCCAAAUAAACAUAGAGUUCGGAUGUGUAAUGAGCUGGAAUUAAUGAAUAAAUAGAAAAACAUUGCAUAAAGUGAAAAAUGAGGAUCUCUAUGAAGUAUUUUUUUAAAAAAAGGAUUUGUUAGUGUUGGAGGUGAACAUGUGCCGCUUAACGGUGUGAUGAUGAUGGUUGGUCGUUGCAAAGAUCUGGAAGGAAAAUGACCAUCGCUGUUGGACUUUUCUUCCUGCCUGGGUUGUGUAGGUUUAUAGUGAGGAUUGGUGUGCGCAGACCAGUUCCACUCUUUAGGCCGGGGCACGUUCCACAGUGGGACAGCAAGUUGUGAUGACUGCAGUGACCGCAAGGCUGUAGGAGAAGUAUCAAAGUUUUCCUUCUCCUAGACUGCUUGGCAAGGCUAAUGCAUCCCAUCUACCCAGGUUUGGAAUCUGAGUUGGGCUUCUCCUAGGCUGGCUGCCAAUGAAGGCUGAGCCCUGCCUGCCCUCCCAGUUAUACUGCUGGACACUCGAUCACACCGUAGCAUAGCAAACUCCAUAAGAACAGGGAUGCCACUUGAAGGCAUUGCUAUGGCAUGGUAGUGUCGGAGAGGUCAAAUGUGAGUGAACUCCUGCCUGGCAAGCCAAACAGUGGUCAUACAGCGAUCACUCCACCCAUAACAUUGUGCUGAUCAUGAAACGAGUGAAGAUCAAUCGUGAUGAAUUAAAAUUUGAAGGUAAUUGUGAAUAUUCAGCAGGCUGGUUGCAGAAAUUUAAGAAAAGGCAUAGCAUUAAAUUUUUAAAGUUUAAAAAAAUUUUAAAAGGUAAUGAACCUGCUGAUCACGAAGCAGCAGAAAAAAUCAUUAAGUUUCAUUAGGUGGAGACUGAAAGCCUGCCAUUGCUUGUUCAGUAGCUGAUUUGGGUAGUCUCCCAAUGUUGCUGUGCUGCUUUUGUUACUCUGGACACAUUAUAUUCAUGGUACGUAAUUGUUACUGUUAAGUACCUGUGUGAUAAGCAAAUGUAAGACAGCUUACUGGUAGUACAUAAAUUCAGUCAGAAAUAUGGCUAUCUCAUGUAUUCCAAAAUCUGAAGAAAGCACUUCUGACCUCAAGUAUUUCAGCUAAGGGGUACAACCUGUAUUCACUUGGUAAUCACAAAAUUGAGCUGAAUAUUGUGGACUGCUCAAGACAAUGGCAUCUAUGAAGAUUUUCUUUGGCUCAAGUAUAGAAAAUCUGAACUGAUUGACAAUAAGCUAAUUUAUUUGUGAUUUUGAGCAGCUGCUUUUUUCUGAACUUCCUAAGCCAGUGCAAAAAUCUGUCUGCUUCACUGUUAAAUUUUGUUUUGAUUCCAUGGCACCUUACUCACAUUGUAAGCAUAAGCAGUAGCAUAUUUAAUAAAAUGUAACUAUUGCUUUGGCAAAAAGAAAACAAACCACAUGAACCGAUACACUUUAAAACUUGUUUUGAAGAAAUGCACCAGAUAUCGUAUCCAGUUAACUGCUAAUUUUUUACUACUGAUUUUUAAUUUAAUCCUCUUACUUUUUGCUGUAAAUAUUACUUGAUACUUAAUCUGAAUUUUAAAAUCUUUCUGUGUAUCAGCUUAAUCUUCAUUGAGGCAAAACAGAUUUUGUUUAGUUUUCAAUGUAUUUAUUCGGAGUUAGAACUACUGAGUUAUGCUACCUUAUUUAUCUCUGCAUAGGUUAUAUGGGUAAUAUUUGAUCUGCCCGCAAGUGUAUAAGCUUGAUAAAUAUCUGGAAUAUUUAACUCUAUUUGAGAUUUAAACUUGCCAUUAGAUAGUGGAAAAUAACUUUAAUGGUGUAAAUAGAUAUCAAGAAUUAAUAUGGAUGUCAUUCAAAGUUGUGAUGCCUCCAUAUGCAUUAUAUUGGAUUCUGAUAUAACUACAGUGUAGUUGAUUAUUAAAUAUUGUACAAUUGAGUUUUUUCCUGUAAACACCUGUGCAAGAAAAUGACUCUCGAAGUAGGAUAUGGUAGCAUGUAUAUUUUGAUAAUAAAUUUACUUUGAACUUUAUUGAUGUAAAAAUAGCAAUGCUAGAUUUUGAACAUGUCAUUAUACAGAAGCAGGACAUUUGGAAUUAAUUUGGAAUGAUAUUACUUCAUCUGACUUCAUCUUCUCAACAUUUCCACCCUAUUUGAUAGGUCAGCUCUGUAAAUGCUAUUGUAAAACUUGACAUUAGUUUUGCAUUGCCAUGGAAGAACCCAACAUAAAUUUCACUCCAAAUAAAUUUAGCAGAUUAGUAACCUUGGUUGAUCAGAAAGCUCUCAGAUCAUGGAAGGUUAAUUAGAAUAUAUUAGUAUUUGAAGAUGAUGCCUCAUUAUUGAUCCAGUUCAAGUGGAGUGUCUAAAGAUGAUAAAUAAGACAAUAGUAAUCUAAGCACAAUGGUUUGAUAUCCACAUUGCAUUUGACAUGCCUGAGUUUGAAAAGUUGGAAUCCAGUUGAGGAAACAAAAACAUUAAAAUGUGGCAUCGUUCCAUGUGAAGGCACAAUAUCAAAGAUACUUGGGUAUAGCUGAACAUGAAGGUCUGUGAAAAUUUAUGAUGAUGAUUAUGAAGACACAUAGUCUUUUAUUGUCAUUUAGUAAUGCAUGCAUUAAGAAAUGAUACAUUAUUUCCUCCAGUGUGAUAUCACAAAACACAGGACAAACCAAGACUAAAAAAACUGCCUAAACCACAUAAUUAUAACAUAUAGUUACAAACAGUGUACCAAUACCAUAACUUGAUGAAGUCCGUGAGCACAGUAAAGUUCAAAGUUUCUCAAUUUAUGGUUUGGAAGUAGCUGUAAUACUGUGCUUCAUUACACCAUAAACUAAGGUCAUCAACGAACAAGUAGCUAAAGCUAAAAAUGUUUUUGGAAGUGCAGUAAAUUCGUGUACAUAAAAUCCUUUAAUAAAGUUACUGAGAAUAUCCUGCAGUUGCUAAAAAUAUAGAAACAGCAACCCUGCUUGUGUGUUUAUAUGAAUUAUUAGUAAUGUAGCAAUAACAGUUAGCAAUUCUAAAACAAAAUCAUUUGAUUUGUGUCCAAUAAGCUUAAAUUGAAUAUGUCUCUCUCAUAAUAUGACUGAACUUUGCAUUUAAUUAUUAAGAUUACUAUCCUUUGGGAAAGCUUGGCUUGGAACAACAAAUGAAUUUAAGACAAUUUUAUUUGGGGUGAAACGUCAACCAACACGUACAUCUUAAAAACACUUACCAAAUUUAGAUGACUAUCUUGAAAUAUUAUUUUUAAGUUAAUUAAAAUUGCUGUAAAUGUAUGAACUUGCUGAUAAUACAUCUUCAGGAAAACAUUUACACUGCUCAUUAAGUUUUCUGUAUUUUCUUACUGUGAUUAUAAAAUUCAGAAAUCAAAAGUAAUUGUUUGACUGGAGCAGAUAAUUAAUAGAUGCAUUAGAAGUGGAAUACUUUGGUCAUUAAAGCAAACUGUGU